AUUUAAUUUUACCCAGCUAACGCUUCUGCUGUUACUCGUAAUGACAGUAAGGCUUUCAGUUAGUAGUCGGGUAAAUUUUGUUUGAUGUUUGUUCGAUAUGUGUAAGCCGCAUUUCUUUGGUUAACGGAAACUCAAGCGUUACGUGACAGUCAAUAAAUUGGAUUAGCGCUAAGUCAAGUCACUGGUGAAUGAUAGUAUUGUAAACCUGGCUAGCUAGCUAAACGGACAGCCAACGUUGCAUGCAUUAAAAGGUUUAGGUCUUCAGUAGCUGUCAGCUGGUGCAGAAGUCAUUGUGGCAACAUGGAGAGUUACAGUCAACGGUUUGAAUCCACCACCGGACGGGACAGUAAAUCUCAAAAGAAGAAGGGGUCCUCGUCGUCAUAUAACGACGAGGGAGACCGCAAACCAAAAUUUCACUUACCCUUUAGAAACAUCACAGAUGAUGUGUUGGACAGAUUUGCCAGUAUUCGGAUUCCUGGUAGUAAAAAGGAACGUCCACCCUUGACACAGUCUAAACACAAUGCAAAUGAUUGGUCCAGUUCUUCAUCCUCCACCUCACAUCAUUUUGAGGAACUAUCAUCAAAGAUCACCUCAGAAAAGGAGAUCUUGGCCCUGUUUGAAAAGAUGAUGGAAGACAUGAACUUGAAUGAGGACAAAAAGACUCCUUUGAGAGAAAAGGACCUCAACACAAAGAGAGAAAUGGUCAUCCAGUAUAUGUUUGCUGCCUCUAAAACUGGUAGUUUGAGAAACAGCCGUCAGAUAUCUCCCCAGGAAUUCCUUAGUGAGCUGAAGUCAGGGGUCAUGGAUGAACGUCUGUUUUCCUGUCUAGACUCACUGCGAGUGUCCCUUACCAGCAACCCCGUCAGUUGGGUGCAAAACUUUGGGCAUGAAGGUCUUGGACUGCUGCUAGACAUUUUGGAGAAGUUGCUGUUCAAGAAACACCAGGAGAAAAUUGAUAAAAAGAACCAACAUAAAGUUGUCCAGUGUCUCAAAGCCUUCAUGAACAACAAGUAUGGCUUGGAUCGAAUUCUGGGGGAGGAGGAAAGUCUUGCUUUACUGGCAAGAGCCAUUGAUCCCAACCAGUCUGCAAUGAUGACUGACGUUGUAAAGCUGCUGUCAGCCAUCUGCAUCGUAGGAGAAGAGAACACUUUGGAGAAGGUUCUUGACGCCGUCACCACAGCAGGGGAAUGGCGAGGCGUUGAGAGGUUCAGUCCCAUUGUGCAAGGACUCCGAGAUCCCUCAGUUCAAUUACAAGUGGCAUGCAUGCAGCUCAUCAAUGCAUUAGUAACAUCUCCUGAUGAGCUGGACUUCAGGCUGCACAUUAGAAAUGAAUUUAUGCGCUGUGGCCUGAAAGAGAUAUUGCCGCAACUGGUAGCCAUCAGGAAUGAGGCCCUUGACAUUCAGCUCAAGGUGUUUGAGGAGCACAAAGAAGAGGACAUGAUGGAGUUCUCUCACAGGCUGGAAGACAUUAAGAGUGAGCUUGAUGAUGCGGGGGAUGUGUUCAGUAUUGUGCAGAGCAUGAUAAAGGACAGCAGUGCAGAGCCAUAUUUCCUCUCUAUACUGCAGCACCUGAUGCUUAUACGAAAUGACCACUUGGUCAGGCCACAAUAUUUUAAGAUCAUUGAGGAAUGUGUUUCUCAAAUUGUGCUCCACCGUAGUGGCACUGACCCAGAUUUCAGUUAUCGCAAGCGCCUCGAUGUCGACUUUAGCCACCUCCUAGAGGUGUGUGUGGAUAAAUCUCGAAUAGAUGAACAUGAGCAACGAGCUUCGGAACUGGCACAGAAGUUUGAUGAGGAGUUUCUAAGCAGACAGGAGGCAGAAGCUCAGCUGGCCAAGUGUGAAGAAAAAAUAGCUGAACUCCAAGCAGAGCUGCAGGCCUUCAGGUCCCAGUUUGGAGCUGUUCCUGUGGGGCCAGCCUCUGCCAAUGUUGGACAGGCAUCAUCUUCAAAAAUCCCAUCCGGGCUUCCAACCCCUGCUCCGGCAUGUCUAGGGCCAGUUCCCCCUCCACCUCCCCCUCCACCUCCCUUACCUGGCUUUCCUGCCCCACCUCCUCCACCUGGAAUGCCUCCUCCAUUUGGUGCUCCCCCACCACCCCCUCCUGGGUUUGGGGGUGGUCUAGGUUCCCCUACACACCACGCUCUGCCUUAUGGCCUCAGGCCAAAGAAAGAAUUUAAGCCUGAAACCUCCAUGAAGCGCCUCAACUGGUCCAAGAUUCGUCCCCAAGAAAUGUCAGAGGGCUGUUUCUGGGUGCGGGUUGAUGAGAACCAGUAUGCAAAACCAGAGCUGCUCAACAGAGUUGCUCUUACUUUUGGAUCACAGAGAACAGAAACAAAAGCUAAAAAAGAAGAGGAGGAUGUGGAAGAUAAGAAAUCCAUAAAGAAGAGAAUUAAAGAGCUGAAGGUGCUCGAUCCAAAGAUUGCACAGAAUCUGUCCAUCUUCCUGGGCUCCUUCCGUAUACCUUACCAGGAAAUUCGGCGCAUGAUAGUGGAGGUGGAUGAGGAGCAGCUCACUGAGCCUAUGAUCCAGAACCUUGUAAAGCACCUACCAGAGCAGGAGCAGCUAAGUGCAUUAGCCACAUAUAAAAAUGAGUACUCUAAUUUGUCAGAGCCUGAGCAGUUUGGGGUUGUGAUGAGCAGCGUGAAGCGGCUGCGUCCUCGCCUCAGCCACAUCCUCUUCCGGCUUCAGUUUGAGGAGCAGGUAGCCAAUCUGCGUCCAGAUAUUCUGGCUGUAAACGCUGCAUGUGAUGAGGUCAGGAAAAGCCGCUCCUUUGGCCGCUUAUUGGAGCUGGUUCUGCUGCUGGGGAAUUACAUGAAUGCAGGCUCUCGAAACGCCCAAUCAUACGGCUUUGACCUCAGUUCCCUUUGCAAGCUAAAGGACACCAAGUCAGCAGACCAAAAGACCACAUUGCUUCACUUCCUGGCACAAGUGUGUGAAGAUGAAUUUUCGGACGUGAUCAAGUUUCUUGAUGACCUAGAGCACGUGGAUCGAGCUAGCAGAGUGUCUGCAGAGAAUCUGGAAAAGAGCCUCAGGCAGAUGGAGAGGCAGCUGCUGCAGCUGGAGAGAGACCUGGAGACUUUCUCCUCCUCCGAUGACCCCAACGACAUGUUUCUCAGCAAAAUGGCUAGCUUCAGCAAAGUUGCACGGGAGCAGUACGGCAAGCUUGUGAUCAUGCACAGCAAUAUGGAGACGCUGUAUCAGAACCUGCUGGAGUACUUUGCCAUUGAUCCUAAGAAGACCUCUGUGGAGGAACUGUUCACUGAUCUCAGCAACUUCCGUUCAAUGUUCACUCAAGCACUGAAAGAGAACUUCAGGCGGAGGGAGAUGGAGGAGAAACAGACGAGAGCGCGAGCAGCAAAGGAGAAGGCAGAGCGUGAAAAGCAGGAGAGACAGCAGAAGAAGAGGAGGCUGCUGGAAGUCAGUGCAGAGAAUGAUGAGACAGGUGUGAUGGAUAGUUUGCUGGAAGCCCUACAGUCAGGAGCUGCAUUCAGAGACCGCAGGAAGAGAGCACCAAGACCCAGAGAUAACCAGCACCAGACGAUCAGCCCCAGCUCCUUCCGCCAGGUUCUCAGGCCUGUUAACUAUGAAAACAACAAGGCACCUUUACAAAGGUCUCGCUCUCGGCAGAAUAUAAAUGCAAGCAUGGCGGCGGUGAAAGCUCCCCCUGCCCAGGAGGCCCAUAACGAGUCUGAGAGCCAUCCAUCUGCAGCCAGAGCCAAAGCUGCUGUGGGUUCAGAGUCGGGCCGCAGGUACAGGAACGUCGCGGGUCACGGCUAUGGGCUGGACAGGGAGAGGGUGGUGGAGAGAGGAAUGGUUAAAGUAAGUGAGAGAGAGAUGGAGGUUGGGGCUGGGAGCGUAGGGACUCCAGCCUUCCAGACAUCCUCCUUUAGUCCCACAGUCAGCAGCUGCGGCACCAAUGGAGAGUCAGAUGUAGAGGCACUGCUUGCCAAACUAAGAGCCUUGUGAGGUUCAUUUCAUAUAUAAAAGUUUUUUUUAUACAGCGUGCAGAAUAUUUCUACUGACAUCUAAAAAUACUCCAGUUAUAACCUUAAAGGUCAUCAUCAACAGUUUUGUUAACAAGAGAACAUUUAAUUGCUAAGUAGUCAGGAAUAAAUAGCAACUAAAUAAUGGCACUGCAUUUGUUUAGAAGUAGUAAUGAAUUUGUGGACCAUGUUUGUAAGGCUCAGUGCUUCAGAGAUAAAAAUCAUUCUCUGGCAGAUGGAGCACAGAAAGCCGAUCACACUUCGGCCUGCAGAAUGUCCUCAGAGGGUUAUUUCUUGAAAAACUCUUGAUUGUGAUUCAUUAGAAAUAUUCAAGCGUAUUAGUUGAUUACAUUAUAGUUCAAAAAUGAAAAUGCACCCAAAUAGAUUCAGCGGUCUUUAUCUGCUCCUACCCUGUGCUCUGCCAUUAACAUUUAUAAAUUCCAAAGAAUCGGAAUAUAACAGCUUUUCCUCGGAAAGCUGCAGAUGCAAUGUUGCUAAGCACUUUUUUGUAAACCGUAAAGAAUGUUUAAAAACAAACUUUAAUCAAAUUUGCAUUUUUACAUCUUUAUCAUAUGUCUUGUCUUACCUAUAUUUGCAUGUGUAUCAUAUUAGUCAGGUACAUUUAAAAAUUUUUAAACUUAUAUUUGCUUACAUCACUUUUGGUUUUUAAUUAUUUUUUUAAUGUUUUUCUUUCUGUUCUGUUUAAGUUCUUAUUGUUUUCACUCCCUGUGUGUUAAUGGUCUGUCUGUGAGUAUAUAAAUGUAUUAUUACAUACGAGUUAUGCCACAAUGACACUUCCACAGAUUAUAAUAGAUUUCAUUAGAGUUUGGUGGUACUGCACUGUUUUUUUAUGCUCUGUGUGAUCCAGUGUGGUGGCACAAAACACGGGAGUGUAUGAGGUUUAUUUCUUCUGCAUUCCAGCUGAACUUACUUAAACAUAUGUGUUGUAUCUCUAUCCAUACUCUCCACUU